AUGCCCAUGGCGAGGGACUUCACUCGAGAUCUUGCGAACAUUGAUAGCAGCUCCGAUGCCACCGACUCGACAGAUUCUGACGGUGACGAGUCCAACAAUGAUACAGAUUUACUGCAAGUUCAGAACGCAAUUGCAGCACCUCCUCUUAAUGCAUCUGCUGAAGAUAUUCGCAAGGCAAACAUGCGAGGAAAGUAUCGGGAGGCUCUGAAGAAGAAUGCUCUUCUCGAGGCCACACUCUCAAAAGGCUGGAAGACGAAGCUUACUAAUAAAGACCUUGCGCUUGCCACUAAGGAAGAUAUCAUCAAGAACUAUGGGCGCAAGUUUUCUGUAACACACUGCCUCUGGGUCGAGACCACCAUUUUUCCCUUGCAUGCACCACCUCCUAAUAUUGAUCUCACGAGCAAAGAGCGGUGGCUCUCUCCGAUGUCAAUUCAGGAUGGCGUUAAAGCUGAACUCUUUCGUUUCAUUCUGCCUGCGGACCAUGCCAUGAUGGCCCACAAGAACUUUGGUUCCCAUUUUGUCAAAAUGUCACAACCCUUAUAA